AAGAUUUAGCAAAAUUCCACCGUGUCCUGAACCAGGCUGGCGAAGGAGACAGCAGAGUGAAACCCUAGGGCUGCUGAAAUUUGUGGACUGCCAAGGAGUCCCUAGAAUUCUGAAAAUGAGGGUUUCUUAACUCAAACUGACAGGGAUAAGGGAUAAAUCCUUAUCAUUCCCCCAAGUGUGUGUUACCUUUCUUUAUCAGGAUGUAAGCAAGAGGGUACAUACCAGCUGCCUCGGCCACGUCUGUGUGAGCCAAGAUACCCAAACUACAGCAGAGUCCAGUCAGCCUGGCUCUGCUUCCCGCCGUUUCAUGGGCUUUGGGGAAAUCAGGGAAGCAAGCAGCAACAGCAGGAGUCCAGCAGCUGGAGCCGCAAGAAUGAACUGCAAGGAGGGAAAUGACAGCAGCUGUGCCUGCGGGGACAACGAGGAGAAGAAGAUGUUGAAGUGCGUGGUGGUGGGUGACGGUGCCGUGGGGAAAACCUGCUUGCUGAUGAGCUAUGCCAACGAUGCCUUUCCGGAGGAAUACGUGCCCACUGUGUUUGACCACUAUGCAGUUACUGUGACAGUGGGAGGCAAGCAACACUUGCUCGGACUGUAUGACACCGCAGGACAGGAGGACUACAACCAGCUACGGCCGCUCUCCUACCCCAACACGGACGUGUUUUUGAUCUGUUUCUCCGUGGUCAAUCCUGCCUCUUAUCACAACGUCCAGGAGGAAUGGGUCCCGGAGCUGAAAGACUGCAUGCCUCAUGUGCCUUACGUCCUCAUAGGGACACAGAUUGAUCUUCGCGAUGACCCCAAAACUUUGGCCCGUUUGCUGUAUAUGAAAGAGAAACCUCUCACUUAUGAGCAUGGUGUGAAACUUGCGAAAGCGAUCGGAGCACAGUGCUACUUGGAAUGCUCAGCCCUGACUCAGAAAGGUCUCAAAGCGGUGUUUGAUGAAGCAAUCCUCACCAUUUUCCACCCCAAGAAAAAGAAGAAACACUGUUCCGGGUGUCACAGCUGCUGCUCAGUUGUCUGAGGUUGCUGAGACC